AUGCACUUCCAGAGCUCGGUCGCGGUGUUCAGCUUGUCGAUAUGUGCAGCAUCGACGCAGUCUAUCCUCUCGGCGCGCCCAGCCAACUCAUGGAGCUUGAGCGAGGACUUCUCGCUGUCAUGGACUGACGGCCAGGUCGAGAUUGCCAAAGCCGAUACUACCAUCUGGAGCACUGUGCCAGAGCAGCCAUUCAUCAGUGCCAGCGCUGGUAACGAUUCAGUGACUGGAUCCAGCGGAGCUUUCAACAUCACGAACAUCGACAUCGACAAAUGCCUCGACCAGAACAUUACCAGCGUCGGUGAGGUCGAAUGGCAAGGCACGGUCACUGGGAAAGCAGCUCAAAUCAAGGGACACCUGCUAAAUUGUGGGGAUGCGUCUGCUCCUUAUGCCUUAACCUUCUGGGUUCCGGACAACUUGACAGAUCGUGUGGCCUUCUACCUAGACGUGUCGGCUUCAUCGAACUCUGCACAGCCGCUGAAGAAGGUUUACUUCCGAUUUGCGUCAUCGGCCGCAGAGGACUUUUAUGGCGCCGGCGGACAAGCAUCAUUUGGUUCGCUCAAGAACCAGAGCAUUCCUAUUCUAUCCCGCGAGCAAGGUGUAGGACGAGGCGAUGAACCUCUCACAUCAAUCGAGAAUGCCAACGGGUCCAUUGCUGGCGGCGACUACUUCACUACUUACACUGGUGUACCCACCUACGUAUCUACAGAAGGCAAAGUCUUCUAUCUCUCGGAAAAGAGCACGGGUUAUGCGGUAUUCGACUUCACUAAAGCUGAGGAGGUCACGAUUCGAUAUGAUUCUCUCCGCGUGGACGGUGCUUUCACCCAGGCAGGCAACCUGUUCGAUGCUGUCGAGGCAUUGGUCGCGUACACUGGUAAAAUGCCAGCACUACCGAAGUGGGUCGAUGAAGGUGCGAUUCUGGGAAUACAGGGUGGACAAGACAAGGUGAACCGCAUUGUCGAGCAAGGCUUGACUAAAGACAUCAGCUGUCCCAUUGCUGGUGUUUGGCUCCAAGACUGGUGUGGCACGCACCCUCAAGAAGGUCCGUUCCUGAACAUCAGUCGUCUUUGGUGGAACUGGGAGAAUGAUGACACUCUCUAUCCUACGUGGAACGAUUUUGUGCAAAACCUGCGCGACGAACACAAUGUUCGCACGCUUUCGUACAUCAACGUUUUCUUGGCCAAUGUCUCCACAAAGUCGACCGGCUAUCGAAGAAGCUUGUACAACGAAGCGAGUGCUGCGCAGUAUUUCGUACAGAACACGACCAUUAACGACACUGCUGUGAUCUCAAGCGGUCCUGGCAUCGAAGCUGGAAUUAUCGAUUUGACCAACCCCGAACUGCGGACCUGGUUCGAGGAUGUACUCAGAACCCAGGUCUGGAACGCGAACAUCUCUGGCUUCAUGAGCGACUUUGGCGAGUACACUCCUCUGGCGGCAGAUACGGAGCUUUACGACAUGGUCAGCGAUGCCUUCUUCUACCACAAUGCAUACCCAGCACAAUGGGCGGAGUUCCAACGCGGUGUCGUCGAAGAUCUUGGUCUUGAGAACGAAGCUCUUCUCUUCCACCGCUCAGCAUCAAUGUCCUCAAACAGAAACAUGAACCUCUUCUGGGUGGGCGACCAGAAUGUCGAUUGGGGCGUCCACGAUGGUAUCAAGUCAGUAGUGACCAUCAUGGUCCACAUGGGUCUCUCCGGAUACUCGCAACAGCACUCCGAUGUGGGUGGAUACACCACCAUCCUCACCUACCAGGACUUCAACGUCACCCGCUCUCCAGAACUGCUUGGUCGCUGGGGCGAGCUGGCCGCGGUCAGCAGUGCUGUCUUCCGCUCGCACGAGGGCAAUGUCCCCGAGGUCAACGCCCAGUUCUACAGCAACAGCACGACAUACCAGUACUAUGCUUACAACACGCGCUUAUUCGUCUCGUUGGCGAAGUACCGGCGCCACGUCCUGGAGACGGAGAGUGAGACCAAGGGUUGGCCACUUCUUCGCUCACCGGUGAUGUACCACACCUCGGACCUGCGUGCGAGACAAAUUAGCUACGAGAGCUUCUACUUGGGCGAGCACUUAUAUGUCGCUCCAGUCCUGGACCCGCAGACUCUCAGCGUUAGUGUGUACUUCCCUGGCGACAGCAGCAGGACUUACGAGCAUGUCUGGACGGGUGCCGUGUACACUGGCGGGCAGGAGGUUGAUGUUGCUGCGCCGUAUGGUAAGCCGGCUGUGUUCUUGGUCAAUGGUGUACGUUCGCCUGAGCUGCAGCCUUUCUUGGACUUUGUGGCGAAGGAGAAUGGGACCAAGCUCAGCAUUGAGUAA